GUUGGACUUUACCUAAUCUCAUCGGAGUUUUCGAGUUUUCUUUCUCUGCAAGUCGAAUUUUUUUGAUCAAAAUGGGUCGUAAGUUUUUCGUUGGUGGUAACUGGAAAUGCAAUGGAACUGCUGAGGAUGUGAAGAAGAUCGUGGCUACACUUAAUGCUGGUCAAAUUCCAUCCACCGAUGUUGUUGAGGUGGUGGUGAGCCCUCCUUUUGUGUUUCUUACCUCUGUUAAAAGUGAAUUGAGGCCUGAAAUCCAAGUUGCAGCUCAAAAUUGUUGGGUUAAGAAGGGUGGUGCAUUCACCGGUGAGGUUAGUGCUGAGAUGCUUGCCAAUUUGGGUGUCCCAUGGGUCAUCCUAGGUCACUCUGAAAGGAGAGCCCUGUUAAAUGAAACUAAUGAGUUUGUUGGAGACAAGGUUGCAUACGCACUAUCUCAAGGUUUGAAGGUUAUUGCUUGUGUUGGGGAGACUCUUGAGCAACGAGAAGCUGGAACCACCAUGGAAGUUGUUGCUGCACAAACCAAGGCAAUUGCUGAUAAAAUCUCAAGUUGGGAUAAUGUUGUUUUGGCUUAUGAGCCAGUUUGGGCUAUUGGAACCGGAAAGGUUGCAUCUCCAGCUCAGGCUCAAGAAGUACAUGCAGGAUUGAGGAAAUGGUUUUGUGACAAUGUCAGUGCUGAAGUGUCUGCUUCAACCAGGAUUAUCUAUGGAGGAUCUGUGAGUGGUUCCAAUUGCAAGGAAUUGGGAGGACAAACAGACGUUGAUGGUUUCUUGGUUGGUGGAGCUUCACUCAAGCCGGAGUUCAUUGACAUCAUCAAGGCUGCUGAAGUGAAGAAGAGUGCAUAAGUUUUUUUGUACAAUUCGCCAAGGGUUUUUUUUAGUAAUUGUAUUUUGUUGUUUGAAAUAAGCAUAUGACAAAUGUUUGGUGAGCACUAGGUGCUACAAGUGACACCAUGUGGUUUUUUGGUCAAUAACUCAGCACUACGUUGUUCCUUUUUGUGAAAAGCUAUGAGAUGGGUGAUAUAAGAACCACCAGAAAUUGAUAAUUUUAUAGUCUCUGUAGACAUUUAAGUACCAUUUUUUUUUUCUUUUUGGGUAUUUUUCUUUUUGCUUAUUCUUAUGUUCGCAUAUAUGAAUGCAUCCUUUUUUGUGUGUUG